ACGUGUACCAUAGCAACCAUGGAGGGUGAGCUUUCGUUAAUGGAAGAAAAAGGCAAAGAGGUCACUCAAGAACAGAAGGAACUCCUCUACAACCAAGUCAAAGAACUCAAAUGUUCCAAUGCAGCCCUCCUGGCAGAGAUCGACAUGUUGGAGCGGUUCAUCGGUCGACUGGAUCCUCAGGACCUGGUGUCUCAAGCUGGUGGGGACGAUUCGGGGGCAGCAGGAGACUCCCAGCUGGAGGGUGGGGGUGGUGGACCGAGGCGGAGGUCCCAGUCCAACAUAUCGGAUCGCCUCCAGCAGCUGACCUUGGAACAGAAACUUUAUGUGGCACAGAGAGAAGUAGCAGAGACACGACAGGACCAGGAGAAACUCAAACAGAGACAUGACCAAAUUCAGGACAACUACAAGGCCUCUAUGGAAGAAGCAGAUUUGCGUCUUGCCGAAAUCAGGAAGGCUAAGAUCGACUUUGAACGCAGAAUGGUCAAACCUAUGAAGGACAAAAGGUUGGAAAUGAUGGAGCCCAACAAGCUGCUCCGGUACAUCGAAGACAAGUCAAAGGUCACACAGGUGGAGAAGUUGACUCGGAAGAACCAUGCACUGAAGGUCCACGAGAAGAAGCUCCAGCAGCAGCUUCAACAGAAGAAAGAGACGGGGAAAGCCGAGUACGAGAUUUUUCAGGAGUACAGCGAGCAGAGAAUAGACAAAAACCGGGAUGAACUUCAAGUCAACAAGUUGAAAGUACAACGUGUCCUCAGUUCACACAAGGAGAAGCUGCAGAGUGUGACACGAGAGUCCACAGAGCUGAGCGAUGACAUCACCAAGAAGAAGCAGAUGCUGGUCAAACUUGAGGAGGAGAUCGUGCGCGCUGAGGAGGAGCGUCUGAAGGCAGAGGCCCUCAACCAGCACCUGCGGCGCCAGAUGACAGAUUACCAGGCUCCUGGUAUCACAGAGUACAUGCAGGUCAAGGGCAAACACAAGAAGCAGCAGCAGAGCAUUCACACUCUGGAUAGAAAAAUUGGGAUCGCUGAGAUGGCCUUGAAGACCCGCUCUACAGUCCGCAGCGCACAGACAGCCUCUCUUCCUGCCGUGUGCAGAGCUGAGGCUGGAGCGAGACCUGCAGAGCAGCACAUCCCAGUGAAGCUCCCGCACAUAGCAGAACACCGCACAUAGAGAACACCGCGCAUAGAGAACACCGCACAUAGAGAACACCGCACAUAGAGAACACCGCACAUAGAGAACACCGCGCAUAGAGAACACCGCACAUAGAGAACACCGCACAUAGAGAACACCGCGCAUAGAGAACACCGCACAUAGAGAACACCGCACAUAGAGAACACCGCACAUAGAGAA